AUGGGUGACCGAACAGACAUCGAGAAAUUGCAGGAAAUGGUGAAGCUACUGAUGGAUGAGAGAGAUGCGGAAAGGGCAGCCCGAGAGGCUUUGGAGAAGAAGAAUCAGGAAAUACAACCCGUGAUGAACAUGUUCAAUCAUGGGAAUAUGAUUACCUUUCCCGAAGGACCUCGUAUUGACGCUAACAAUUUCGAGUUACGCAUGCCCCUUAUUCAAAGGGUCGAGCAAACUCCUUUUGCAGGUAGGGCUACAGAGGAUGCCAAUCGCCAUCUCUCCAAAUUUGUGGAGAUCUCAAACACUCUCAAAUUGAACGGUGUCGAUGACGAUGCCAUAAGGGUAAGACUCUUCCCCUUUUCAUUAACUGAUUCUGCUAAAGAGUGGUUUGAAUGUAUGCCCAGAGAAAAGGUCUCCACAUGGAAGGACAUUGUAGCUGCCUUCCUCGACAAGUACUAUCCGCCGGGCACAAUUUUGAAGCUCAAAAGCGAGAUCUUCCAGUUCAUCCAAGGCCAUGACGAGCCCCUCUACGAGGCGUUUGCUCGUUUCAAAGCCCUUCUCCGAAAGUGCCCUAACCAUGGUUUCACCGUGGACCAUCAGGUAGGAAUUCUCUAUAAUGGGUUUAACGAGAAGAUUUGUGCUAUGCUUGAUUCAGGUGCAAAUGGAGGGUUCUUAAGGAAGUCAGGUGAGGAAGCCAUGGCGGUAAUAGAGGAAUUCGCCACCAACAGCAGGGGGUGGUCGAAAGAAAGGCAUAGCCUAAAAAGGAUAGCUGCAAUUGAAGAAGCCGAGGAAAGCUCUUUUGCGAAGGAAUUGGCCGAGCUUCGAGUUAGGGUGGACCAAAUGGAUUCAUCAAGGAAGGAGGACCCGAUUCCACCGACCUCCAUCAUAGCGGUCUCUAAACCCGAAACUCCUGCCCCGAUAGUGGAAGAAAUCAACUACAUGCAAGGAGGCGGUCCCAAUAGAAAUUACAACAAUAAUUAUCGCCCUAACCAGGGGGGCGGUAAUUUCAAUAAUUAUAAUGGAAACCGACCUCAUCCUAAUCUCUCUUAUUCUAACAAUAAUUACUUGCAACCCCCCGCAGGAUUUAAUGUUAGCAAGGGAGGAGUAGUUGAAACAACCAAGAAGGAGGAAAAGUAUGACCAAGGGAUCACAAGGAUCUUGGAAGUAAUCACGCAAGACAGGAAGGUUAAUGACACCAAGAUCGGAGUGGUCGAAGCUAGAAUAAACAACCUCGAGCAGGGAAUGAACACGAUCUCAACUGCCAUAGCCAACAUCAACACUCAAAUGGAGCAAAUCCAAAAGAAGUUGGAUGAGGACAGGGCAAAGGCAGCCGCACGAGUGGAUGACAUCAAUAAGAAGUGGGUGGCAAAGCAGAAAACUGGGGACUGCCCAGUCGCCGGCGGACCGCCGCAACCAUUGCAGCGGGCCGCCGCUGAAGCGUCGAAUGGAGUCUGCCCAGCCGCCGGCGGACCGCCGCACACAUCACGGCGGGCCGCCACAGACAAGGCAGAUACACCCACUCAGCAAGGACUCGUGCGGCAUAAUGGGAUUGUGCUACCUUUUCAACCAAAGAGGAAGUUUAAGCUCGAAGAGCAGUUCAAACAUUUUUUGAACAUGUUUUGUAAAGUUCAUACUAACAUUCCUCUAGUUGAAUCGUUGCAGGAAAUACCUAAAUAUGCGAAGCUACUAAGGGAGGCGGUGAUGAGGAAGAGAAAGCCAACAAAAGCCGACCUUAAGCUACCACAUCAUUGCAGCGAGAUCAUUCAAAAGGAGAAGGCAGUGAAGCAGAGAGAUCCGGGCCAAUUCAUUAUCCGAUGCCGGAUUGGAGAGGGAAAGGUUGACAAGGCCCUAUGCGAUUUAGGAUCUUCCAUCAAUCUCAUGCCACUGAAGUACUACGAAAAGCUCAACAUUGGGCCACUCAAAACUUCAGACGUAACACUCAGGUUGGCCGAUAACUCGUCCAUAAAAACUGUUGGUAUGAUUGAGGAUGUCCUAGUGAAAGUCGAUGAUUUCAUUUUUCCCGCCGAUUUUAUUGUGCUUGACAUGAAAGUAGACAAGAACGUCCCUCUAAUCUUAGGGAGAGAUUUUCUUGCUACUUGCAAAGCUUUGAUUGAUGUAGGUCGUGGCGAGAUCACAAUUAGCGAUAACCAUAGCCAAUCCACCUAUAAGAUCGAAAGCGAGAUGCUCAAGUUUGAGGAAGCAAAGCGGGCAAAGAUGGAACAACAGUGUAGGGCAGUCAUGGUCACGGAUUUGACCAAACCCCAAGACCCCUUUGAAGCAGAGGAGCAUACUACCUCCACCAUCUACGUUGUAAAAGAGGUAAGACGUUCUCCCAAAAAGGACGAUACUAAUCCCUCCACCUCUAUCCCGCAGAAAAAGAAGCAAAAGAGGAAGAAGGCAACCAAGGAGGACCCCGAGAUUUAUGUUAUCAAAACAAAUAAGGGGAAAUACAAGUGGUGGAAGAAGUUAGGGACCAAGUUGCUCCCUAGACACUGA